UCACAAUCAUUGCGGAAUCCUCCAAGGUACGGCGAGCGCCCGAAUAUACCUUAUUCAUAUGACCAUGGCGCCCAGCUCAUACUUUGACGCCAUUGACUGGACAAAUACAGCUGGUUCAGUGGCCCUCAUUAUCAUUUUGUUCGUCAUCGUCACCUUGGCGUCUCGUCUCCGAACUGACCGUCCAGGCGCUCAAGGGCCAAAUUCACCGUACCGCUUGCAAUUUCCUCCAUCUAGACGAUAUGUCCUCGGGGAACUCGGCCGAACUAAGGGUCUGUCUGCAGUAUCUCAUGCGGAAAUACCCCCCGGAGUCCUGGCUUCUCGAGCGCUCCCAACAGCUCCCGAUGCCACCUUGGGCAAGGGCACCUUCUAUACUCCUACGGGAUUCUCAAGGGAAGAGAUUUCGGCACUUGGCCCAUUCCCUGAUUACGCGAUUCUCAGCGGUGUUCCUCAUCCAGAACCAUGCGACCCAACAUGGGACAUGUCGAAGGCGGUCUUCCGACCAUUCAGGCCGUUUCGCUGGAAAUACCACCAGCACAUGGCCCUCAUGAAAUACGACGCCAACUUCUGGAUCGAACUCACCCGCGACUACCACACCACCCUCGCAGCCCGGCACUCCCUCCUCAACCACCACCGCGCCCAAAUCCUCUUCCAAUCACCCUCCCCGGCCUGCGACCUCGCCGUCUGCGAACUGAUGGAAACCCUCCUGCAGUUCCUCGCCGCACGCUACCCAGCUCACUUCUCCCUCUCGCACGACAACACCCUCUUCCACAACCGCCUCCUCAACACCACCACCGACCUGCGCAGUGCCACGGCCCGGCCGCUGGACGUCAUCUUUUCCCAUGUCCCGGAAGACUACGCCAUCAUGCUCCGCAGCGAAGACGACGGGCAAUACUACCUCCGCGCCGCGGCCGUGUGUUCCUCGGUCGGCUGGCACAUCGCCCAGCACCGAGACGCGCCGCUGCGCGAGAUCCAUGCCGAGGUGCCCGACGCCGGGAACGUGGCCAUGAGCAUGGACCGGUGGUUUGCGCGGUUGGCUGCCGACGCGCCCGUGGCGAGAUGCUCGUGGAGUUUGGAGGAUAGGGAGGUCGUGUUUAGCUCGCCUGAGGUGGAGCGGUUGGCAGGGAGGAAGUGGGUGCGCAGUCGGUUCCGCGGGAGGGAGGGGGAGCUAAGGGUCGGGGAUGUGAGGUUGCGGUGUGAUGCGCAGACGCUGAGAAGGUUGCCGGUGAGUGGCGCCGUGGUGUUCAAUUUCAAGGCUGUAUUUACGCCGCUGGAGGAGUUAAGGGAUGAGCCGUUUGUGCCGGCGCUGCUGGGGAAGGUGUUGCGGGAAGGGAAGAGGGAGCUCGUCGGGUAUAAGUGCGAGGAGCAUGUGAGGAGGGUGGCACUGGAGGCGUUGGACCAGUGGGCUGCGGAACAGGUUGAGCAAGGUGUUGUACCGCCGGACUGGCAGGUUUCGACGUUGGACGAGAGCCCAUUCUUUCCGGGCUGGGAGGAGAAAUGGAAGAGGCAACAAGGCCAAAUCUAGCAGGCCCCUAAGUGGUACAACACCGUCUUUGUCGAAUUCGAG